AUGUCGUUGUUCGCUCACGAAAGCAAAAGUAAAAUGAAGGUAGCACUGCUGCUUUUUCUUUUCAGCCUUACGGCUGCUACUUUUGGGUUCAAAAUCACGGAGGAACACUUGAAGGAAAAGCGAUUUUUUUAUGAGGUAAGAAAUAAUACUAUAUCCUCAAGGCAAAUAUUGUGCUUAAGUAAAGGUUUUUUGAAUUGAAUCUAUUUCCUGUGGUGAAUUAAGAAAUUGUAAAAUAACUGGAAUGUGUGCGAACUCAAGUGUUGAUCCAUUCAAGAAUGGGUUCAACGCCAAAGAAUGAUGCGAAUUAAAAGUUAAUUUUGUGGAGGUGUGUUAAUGACCAGGGAUGAGCUAACGUGAAACCAAUACCGGAAAAAUAUGAGUUGGUAACUUUAAAACUACAUGUUGAAGGAGAGUUAUACCUGGUAUAUACUGAGUAUACUGAAUAGGAUUUAAGGAAACGGGAUGUUCCUGCAUGGUCCUUCAAGAUAUCAUGAUAAUUUUUCAGCCUCACUCCUCUUCAGCAAUUUUACCCAGUCGACCAGAACGAUUUUCCCUAUUCAUCUACCUUUGCUUCAACGAACAAAUAAAACGUACUCACUAAAAACUGAACUCAAUUAUUGAAUAAUAAAUCUUGAGAGGCCGGUGCUCAGCAAUGGAAAACUGCGUCUUGCUCGAAUCAGGCGGUUACACCAACUUUCCCGCGCAAUAUGUAUAAAAGAACGAAAAAGAGUUUCUUAUCGCAGAAUUCUAACAACCUAAUUACUGUUUAGUCUUUACUAAUCUUUAUUUCUGGGUAAAAUCAACUAAUAAACUCCAUUUUUGUUCAUUCAAAAUAUUAAACACCCACGUCGAUCUGCAUAAUUCUCCAUAUCCUACUCAGCCUCAUUUUUUAAUUGCAUGCUAAAUAACCUGUGGUGAAUUCUUUCCUAUUCAAUUUUCCUUAUAGGGCUAGACAGUAUCCAAAGAUAAAUUUGCUUGACGAUAUAAAUGGACCUUGCUUGAUACGAGAAUUUUAAUUCAUUUUCUCUCCUCAAAUCUCGGUUGUAUUAGCUUAGCUGUUAGCGCCUCAGGCGUUUCUUUUAAUAAACCCGACUAACAGGAAUAUAAACCCUACUUGAUAUGCUGUUGAUUCAGGCUGGCGCCUGAUUCCUAAAGCGUUCAAAACUUGAAACACACACACAUUGUUACGCUUCUGAUCGGGACCAUGCAGUGCAACAUUAUCUUUCCGUUAUAGUUUUAAAAAUAAAUCACGACAUUCUUGCCACAAAAUCAACAAAACAGGCUGUUGAUUGUCUGUUUGUGAUGAGGCAAACUGUAAAAAUAAACAAGAUUUAGGCGCUUAUUUCGUUGCCUUUGUCCAGCCGUGUACGCAGAAUACUGGGUUGCCCUCGAAUCAGAAACCAAAUAGUAAUUGAUAUUAUAAGGCAGACUCUUAAAAUCCUUUUUUUUUCCCAAUACCGUUCGGAAUAAUCUGCAGUACCGCUCAGUUAUAGUGCGCAGUAUGCAACGGAUAGUGAGAGUAUCUAGUUACAAUUGCCAGUCAACUGCCUCGAUCACUUCCCUUCUACUCACUUCACACACAAAGCUCAGCGGGGUAAAAAAAAAACUCUUGGAAUUAAUAAUAGACUGCAAAACAGUCCGUAUUUUUGCGUAUUCAAGUACGCGCGAGUAGUCAAACAAAAGGUCUGGGACGAGGCUGAAAACAGAGAGCGAGACUGGGGAGAGACGCGCUGCGCGCUACGCGCGUGCAAGACUCUUACGCCACGCUUUACCGAUUUCUUUACUGAUUUUGAGAAAAAAACCGACUGUUUUGCAGUCUAAAUUAAUAAUUACUAAUUUGACUUUCGACAAUAAGCUAAUGAAAGGUUCAUCGAUCAAUAAACUACGUUAAUAAGGCAAGGACGGCGAAUUCAAUUAAUUCGUUUCUAAAAAUAAACUGCUCGGUGAAAACGCCGUAAAACGACUACAAAGAAGUGCCUAACUGCAGGUCAUGGACUCCUGACAGCAUCAUGUCAUUAAUAGGGAACUUAAGAUAGAGACGUUUUCGGGGCGACGGCAACUUCAACCGGACGUGACAUCAUCAUUUGUUGGAUAUUGCGCAUGCUCGUACUCACCACCUUACCGUCGUGGUCCCCUCGGCGACGUGAAACUGGUCUGUUUGGCGUUGUGGCGAAAACGUGAGUAUUUAACUUUCAUUUCAAUCAGGUUUGUUGCGUUUAGCAACCAACAUUUUGCAGAUUAUCGUUCUUAAAUUGUCCUUGUUUUACGAGCCAAAUAAAAGUAUCCAGACAAAAAAUAUGAACUCCGAUAUUUCAGUUGUGUGUUUUUAGUUCGCUCUUUUCGUUAGAAUAUCGUAUAAAUGAAACGCAUUGAAAAUUAUAUAGAAUAGUAGGUAAUACCAUGUACUAACUCGACGUGGGAAUACUGAAAUAAAGUUGUUGCCGUUGUUGUUGUUGUUGCAUGCGAGUAUUUCCCGGGAAUUAUUUCAAUACCAAGCUAAGAAUACGGUUCCUUGGUAGCAUUUUAAUGUUCCUGUAAUUUGCAAGGCUUCGGCAAGCCUGUGGAGAUCAUUUUGUUUUUCAACACGAAAUUCUGCCUUGAACUCAGCUGCAUCCCACAUGUUUUUUAGCGUGAACGGAUCAUAACUGUCCCAAGGAAAAUCGGGAUUUUUGGACUCAUAAUUUUCCCACAAAACGAGAAGCUCUUCAUCCGAUACAUGUUGUCUGCAUAGCAAGUAUUUAUUCUCUUAAUUCUUUAUGUGAAGCCAUAUUUUCCUCUUCGGUAUUCUUCUAAUUAAAGGCGCCGUCCUUCUGAGUUCACUGGGAUGUUAAUGUUCUAUUUUUGACGGGAAGUGACGGCUGCCUUAGUUCCAGGCUUUCACUGCCAGUCCAGUCGCCGUCGCCCCGAAAACGUCUCCAUCUUAAGUUCCCUAAUUACGGGCGACAAGAGGAACCCAUAAUCCUAAUCUCCAGGUUUUUAUUACGCAUGCGCCGCAUGUAUGUAGCCAGCAUUUCGUUUGGACUUCCCCUCAGGAUGAAUGGAAUGUCCAAAUCGCAAUUUGAUCACAAGCGUAUCGGCCUUCUACGCCUCGUAAUCUGAUCACGCCUGUUUUGACCAGCUGUCAAAACCGGACGCAACUCACAGCGCUGGAGCAAAGGCGUGUGGACCGCCGAUCGUUGUCGCCCACACUCCGUAACCUUUGGUUAUUACUAGUUUAUCACGUUAAUAUGUAGAUGGAACAUGUGCUGCGAGUCUUUGUUAUUCCGGGUUUGGAGAAUCUGGUCCCGAUUGCUCAAAUGCCGGUUUGGUCGCUCUUUCUACCGGACAAAUCGCCAUUCAGUGAGUAAGAACCAGGGGGAAAGAUUGCGUUAUGCAUUAGAUUAUAAGGUAGCGUUAUCCGUCCAAAGGAUUGCAUGAACUAUCUACCCUUUGAGCACCUGAGGCAAGUAGUCUAUAAGCUGACUAGUCAUGGAAUGAUUAAGAUGAGAUUAAUAUUUUUCUUUUUUGGCUUUGUUCACAGAGCUGUACCAAGGAUUUAGACUGUGGUCCAGAUCGCUGUUGUCUCAAUCCAAACUACUUCGGCUUCUGUGCACGUAAAAGAGGACUCAAUCAGUCCUGUAACUUCGUUGUACGUGAUUUGAUAAACGCUUGUUUUCAUUUAAAUCUUUACUGACCCUUUCAGGCUUAGAAAUGUCAGUCUGCUUCAUGAUUCAGGUAGCCAAGCAGUCAUUCGUUUAGAGUAGGGCAUUGUACAAUCAGAUGUUUGGUUGUUUUGUAUUGCUCUUUUUGCGUCACACCAAAAUUGUUUUAAAAAGAGUUAGUAACAACAGUAAAAACCUUUAACCGCAUCUUCGUUUUUCAGAGUUGUGAACAAAACUGAUUCCUUCCGACAAUCAUAACGACAAGGAUAGUUCACAAGUUUGUUUUUAAACCUUAAACCACUUAAGAGACUGAUAGGAGCCCGGGAGGUUAUUAAAACCCCGCAUUUAGUCAACAACUAGGCUGACUUUUACAAUUUUCAGGGUUUUACAAGAUGCUUCUGCAAAGACGGUCUGUCCUGCCAGACGGUUAAAAAGUGGCGAUGGGGAACCACAACUUUAGCCUGGAAUCGCUGCCGGCCAAUUCCAACUGAACAACCUGCAGUAGGCUCUGGGAGCAUGGAGUACUGA